AGAAUCAGCACGAGCACACCCGAGUGAGUCGUCCGCGCCGAUUUAUCGGCCACCCCACUCCGAUACCUUUUUAGUUGUUAACACCAAUCCCCAUCUCUCUCUCUCUUUCUCUCUCUCACUGUUAGCGAAAAUCCAACCAAAUUCUGUGAAACCCUAAUUUUGCGAACAGUAGGGUUUUUGGGUUUGAGUUGUCGGAAACGACAUGUCGUUUUGGAGGAGAGUGAUAUAGUGGGAGAGAAGGAGAGGGUUUUGUUUUUUUGGUGGUGGAGGAGAAGAUGUAUAGGGAGAGAGGGGUGGGUGGGUCGAGGCCGGAUGUGGGACAAGUGGUCGAUCGGAAGCAGCGGAUCAACGAGGCGCUGGACAAGCAGUUGGAGCGAUCCUCGCCGUCCACCUCCAGGGCUGUAAUCAACGGCAAGGAUAAGUCGGUUUUGAUGGCCAAGCCCCCUCCUCCGUCCGAUCAGAGAGACAGAGACUCUCUCGCCAAGAACAACUUCUCCGAUGAGGAGUCUGAAACAGACAGUGAAGAGUCGGAUGUUAGCGGUUCUGAAGGAGAUGACACGUCUUGGAUCUCAUGGUUUUGCAAUCUGCGAGGAAAUGAAUUCUUUUGUGAAGUAGAUGAUGAUUAUAUACAAGAUGAUUUUAACCUUUGUGGGUUAAGCAGUCAAGUUCCUUACUAUGAUUAUGCACUUGAUUUGAUUUUGGAUGUUGAAUCCUCUCAUGGUGAUAUGUUUACUGAGGAACAGAAUGAACUAGUUGAAUCAGCAGCUGAGAUGCUUUAUGGUCUGAUUCAUGCCAGAUAUAUAUUGACAAGCAAAGGAAUGGCUGCUAUGUUAGAGAAGUACAAGAACUAUGACUUUGGGAGAUGCCCAAGAGUUUAUUGCUGUGGACAACCCUGCCUCCCAGUUGGUCAAUCAGACAUUCCUCGGUCAAGCACAGUAAAGAUAUACUGCCCCAGAUGUGAAGAUAUCUACUACCCUCGAUCUAAGUAUCAAGGUAACAUUGACGGAGCCUAUUUCGGAACCACAUUUCCUCACCUCUUCUUGAUGACAUACGGGCACCUCAAGCCUCAAAAGGCAUUACUGAGCUAUGUUCCAAGGGUGUUUGGAUUCAAGAUUCACAAGCCAUGAUGCUGGGAUUUACAAGCUUCCACUGUGUUAAGAAGCUCGCGUUGCUUAGCUUCUGUUUCAAAGUAAGGCUUUUAAGAAAUUGGUGGAGUUCACAUGCAACUCCUAAAUUUAUUAUAGUUCGGCUUUCCCUAUUUUGUAUGUUCUGGAAAAUACCGUAAAAACAACCAUGUCAUAGUUUCAAUUUUAGCUGCUUAUCAAUGAUCUUAUGUAGAACUUUGUACUCUUUGGUAGUGUAGGUGCUGAAAUGGCUCUGUAGUGAAAAAUACCAUCAUCGUUUUUUCUAUUCUAUUAUUAGCUUAGCAGUGUGAUUUUGGCAGUUAAAA